AUGUCACAAGAGCCAUAUCCAGAAGCCGACUCAACAGUAACCUUGUUACUCCUGGGCGAUGCGGGCUGUGGAAAGUCCAUAUUCUUAUCGCGCUUGAAGAGUGGCAAGAAGCCAGCGCCAUCACAACCAGGCACCACGCCGGAUAAUGCACUCGAGACCCUACGGGAUAGUGACCAGCCGUUCACUUAUGACAUCCGAUUUUCCAAAAAAGCCUUCACAUUGGAACUCUAUGAUACAUCCUGCCCUAACCAGCACUGGUCGACCCUCAGACCUGACGUUGUUGUUAUAGCGUUCGAUAUUUCAAACCGGGAGACACUGGCAGGUCUAAAGGAAUGGCGAAAUGAUAUAAUAAGAUAUUUCCAACAUGGUCGUGGGGAGCGUAUUCCCGUGAUGAUGCUUGGCUUGAAAAGAGACUUGAGGAAGGAGGGUGAGGGCAUCAUUUACCCGCAAGAGGCCUACCGCAUCGCACAGGAGCUGCGCUGUGAUAGAUAUGCAGAAUGCUCGGCUGUGACGGGGGAGCUGUUGCCGGAGACAUUUGAAGACCUUGCACGGCUUGCGGGAAUGUCAACUACGGACAAAGGUGGACAAACCGCUGGAGCCUGUAAUAUUUUAUAA